AUUAUUAAGACUUUCCAUGAAUUAGUAAUCUUUAUUAUAGUGUUGAUAUGACGUAUUAUUGUUAUUUGAGCAUUCUGUAAAGGAUUUUCUUCGGCAAAAGGCAUUAAACCUUCUUCUACAGCGCAGGUGUGUUCAAAAUGAAGAUGCUCCUGUUAACUCUCUUUGUGGCGUUGGUCGCCUCCGCCCCUAUCGAAGAUUCUGGCGACGCAGUCGAAGUUGUCGUGAAUGGUCUACAGGAAGGACAAGCCUUAGAGGUAGCAGACAUCGUUGACAUCAAGCUGAAGGAACAUGCUGACGGACAAGUAGCAGCUGCCACUGACUUGCUGCAUCCUUUCAGCGCUGUCGGCCUCUUGGAAGCCGCUGCAGCUGCUGAAAUCGAAGCUCAGCCAGUACAAGUUGUGGAUGUCGCAGAAAACAUUGAUCCCGUUCAAGUCGUAGAUGUCGUUGCUGAAAACGAAAUUGUUCCCAUCCCUAUUGUCCUACCAUCCCCUGUUGUCCCUGAAGUACCUGUUCCCGAACCUGCAGUUCUCCCUGAGCCAGAUGUACUACCACCUAUCUCUGAGCCAGCAGUACUCCCUGAAGCCGUUGUACCUGAAGUUGAACCAGUCCCGUCUCCAGUUGUGAUUCCGGAGCCAGUCGUGCCAGAAGUGGUCCCCGCUCCAAUUGUCGUCCCUGAGCCUGUGGUUCCUGAAGUGGUUCCUUCUCCAGUCGUGAUUCCUGAUCCCGUAGCUCCUGAAGUGGUCCCAUCUCCAGUAGUGGUUCCUGAGCCUGAGCCAGAACACCAGUUUGGUGAGGUCUACAACGACGGCACUGUCCAAGUGUCCGUGAAUGCUCCCGAAGAUGCUGGCAUCGUCGCUACUCUGCAGUCUUGGCUCAGUGUGGUCAUGAAUUACUUCAACGACGGUGCCCAAACCACCCAACAAAUCGUUUAAGCUGGAUACAAAAGUAUUUUGGUGCAUUUUAGGUCUUAUCGGUGUUUAUUUUAAUAUCCAAAUUGAUAGUUCAUUGUAAUGUGUUUAUCAUUAACACGUGCACGAAAUUUUUGAAAUAAAUAUUUAUACGACCUGUAA